AUGGUCAGCUGUCUACCCCCACCGUACCAUGCGUAUCUUAAUAGAGCGGUAAAGAAGAAAGUCAAAGUUGUGUUCUUCGCUCUUGUAAGGCUUUCUUCAAGUGUUCGCUUUAAAUGAAAUGCUGCUUAUAGCCUUCAAAUAAUACAGAAGUAGCCACAGGAUGCCAGUUAUCCAUGUCGCUGUUCAUCCUCUACCGGGAACUAUCGAUGAACUCCAUGAAAGGCUCAAGGAAAUCGCCGAGUCUAAGGGCAAAACAGGACAUUUCAGCCCCACGGUGGUGCAGCUACUUAAAGAUUGCACCAUCAAACAAAGUGUCAUCGGCCCCCAGCAUGUGGCUUUCCUCUUAGAGGAUGGACAGAUCUGCCGCAUACCUUUUAUGCUAAAUGCUGAUAAGUUGGACUUGAGUAUCAAGGAUGUUCCACUGGAGGAAGAACCCCCAAGUUCGUCUGCCCGUUCUGCUGCACAUGUAGUGCUUCACUCAGUUGGAGGCUCACGUGGUCAGAGUGAUGGCUCCUGGGUGUUGUCGUCAGGGGAGGGGCUUAGUGGAUUGACAGGCCAUCCAAUCAGGUGGGGCUCAGGCCCGGCGGCUGUGUCUUUACGAGCUGCGAGCAGAGCCCCCUCUGCCCGUGGGCGUGGCAGAGUUGUGAGAAGAGGCACGAGAGGGGGCGCUGGCGGCAGUGCCUGGGUACUAGGAUCACGCGCUGUUGUACCUGCUUCUGCUGUACCUGAGGAGCUUGUCUCCCAGGCCCAAGUUGUUCUACAGGGUAAAUCAAGGGCGGCAAUCAUUAGAGAACUGCAGAGAACGAAUCUUGAUGUUAAUCUGGCAGUAAAUAACUUGCUGAGUCGAGAUGAGGAAGAUGGUGAUGACCAAGAAGAAAGCUCCCAGUACCUUCCUGGAGAUGACCUGAUGUCCCUCUUGGAUGCUGGUGUGCAUGUGGAGGACCCAUCUCUAAUAGUUGAUCCGGAUGCGAUCUUCCCAGAAGACAUGCUCUAUAGUCAUCAGUACAGCACCCUACAUCGCCGCAGCUCAGGAGCAGGGCGUGGCAGGCCUGUGGUCGAUAGGGACUCCCCUGGUGUUGGAUCUGAUCGCGAGCGAGAUAGGUCAACUAGAGACAGAGAGCCGUUAAGUCGUGAGCAGUUUGACCGGUGGUGGGGUAGUGUACAUCUGUGUGGUGACCCAGCUGGGAGGUCGUCAGCCAACAAGAUCCCAGCACAAGACAAACCCGUUAACACCGCUAAAGCAUCUGCAAGUGAUCCUGUCACAGUGGCUGGUCAGCUUCAGUGGUGGCCCAGUAUUGACGGAGAAUGCCCAAGAUUUCAGUACAUUGCUGCUAUGCACUCAGAGCUUAUCGCUGUCGGCGUAGAUGGUAGACUCUACCAGUGGCGCUGGCAGGACCCCGCCCCAUCUCCAGGCAUUGGUGCGGCAGGGACUGUUACCUUUCAUCCGCGUGCAAGAGAUCUAGCUCUAGCAGAAGAGAAAGUCAUUGCUAUCGCUGCUUCCUCCAUCAGGGCCUCUGUGUUAACAGAAUCUGGGAAGGUUGCUAGUUGGAUUGAUGACUCUCUAGCACAUGUUGCAAGCAAGCUUGAGCACUCUGCCCAGAGUUUUCCUGAGCUUGCCAACGAUAAAAUAAUGUCCAUUUAUGCUUGUGAUCUCUAUACCUGUGCUCAGACUACAUCAGGGGCUCUCUACUGGUGGGGUGUCCUGCCAUUUGAGCAGAGAAAAAAGCUGUUAGAAAAAGCUAGAGCACGAGCUCGUCGUAACAGGACCACCUUUACAAGCUGCAUAGUUCCUGGAGUCCAAGUGUCCAUGAGGAGUUGCCCCCUGUACCACCCUGGUUCAGUUGGGUUCAACAUCUCCACGGGAGUACCCAGGGUUGGGACCUUGCUGGAAGCAGCCUGGAAUUUGGAUGAGAAGUGCCGAUUCAAGGUGCAAACUUCAGGCACCCAAGAGAUCAUGCCCCCUGUUGAAGAGCAGCUGCCGCCGGAUCACGACAUGCCUGCCAUGCUAGGCCUCAAGCGUAAGAAGGAUGUGAUGUCUGAGUCUGCCAUCGACAGAUCAGUUGAGGAGUGGGAACUCAAGAAUGUCAUCUUUGUUGAAGACAAACAAAAUAUCCCUGUUGGGAAAGUACUUAAGGUUGAUGGUGCUUACGCGGCUGUCAGGUUCCCAGUAAAGGAUAGCAGUAGUAGUCAACCCACCGCACCGUCUGGGAACCCUGUGGAAGAAGCACAGCUCACAGGACAGCUUCUUCAGCUUCUACAGGAAACUAGACUGCUGCGAAAAGAUGAACUACAGUUGGUCAAGUCAUCUGCUGCCAAUAAGAUUCCUGACUGCAUUCAGCGCACACCUAAGGCUCUGUCAGUGCCCACAGGGUGUAAGGUCCUAUCCCUGACGGUGAACUGCAAGGGGGUUCACGUCCUGCUAAAGACAUCUACUGGGGUCCGUUAUGCCCUAUACAGCCUCGCCUCCAGUAAACCAGAGCCAGGUGGUGGCCUGCCUGCAGACUGUGCGUCUUUCCUUGGCCAGCGAGGUAGCCGAGACAUCCAGAUGUACUCAACAGGAUGUGACUCCCUUAUCAUGAUGACCGACACAAAUGGUGCCUUAUUUCCCCUCUCAAGGAACUUUCUUGGGACUAUCAAAGACCCUUCAUGGAUUGAUCUUCCACCAGUGCAGUGUCUUGGUGUUGGAGUUACAUCUCUCCGGCCUGGGCUGGACUGCAAACUGACUGCUGUUGUUGUCAUGGUUUUGGAGCCCCAGAAACUCAUGUCUUAUGUGCUUGCCUGCGACUAUGAGGGAAUUCAGAAGUUUUUGGACUCCUUGGAAGCUUCAUCUGAUAUUCUUGACACCUCAAGUCUUGUAGAAUCAGCCUUACUUGAGCGCUGUGAUGGCAACCGCAACAUUCUGCACACUUGUAUCUCCAUGUGUUUCCCGACGUCAGCUCAUGAGCCAGGUGACCCUUCCUCAGAUCCUCUUACAGGAGGUAGUGCUACCUCUGGUGCUGGCAGUAAGCUAGACUCGAUCAAGGGCGUGGUGGAUGCCCUUGCCUCAGCUGUGGCUGCUGCCGCUGCUGCGGUCCGGUCAAGCAGCAGCGUGUCUGGCGAGUGCUACCUUGCGGACUCUGUCCAUGACACCCCAUCGUCAUCUGCGGCUGGCGCCUCUCAAAGCACCCCACCUGUAAGUAGGGCUGGAGUCAGAGAAGUGAUGCAGCGAGCCUUUUCCUUGGGACUGUCUUCUUCAGGAAGGCUUGAGGGCGAUGAUGAUGCACCUAUCCCUACCCUACACUGGCCACCUGACCCGCCAGGCGACUGUAGAGCGACCAUCCAGCGCAUAUCUCAACAAGUGGAAGACUCGAACAGUGAAGAGCUCCCACCUCUUGCCUCCUCCACGCCUGCUGGGCCGUCAUCUGCAAGCACAGAGGAGCCUCUUACCAAACAGGCAAAGGCUCUGAAAUGCUUGCGUCUACUGUGUGACAGUAAAGCACUUGCUCCAUUCCUGCUCCAGCUCCUGUCUGCAAAGGACGCAAAUGGAGGGACUCCAUUUAUGGCAGCAGUUAAGGGACGUGCUUACCAGGCCGCACUCUGCCUGUUUACCACAGCCCAACGGCUUGCCACGGGAGCUGAUGGAGUGGUGGACAAGGAGAUUCUGAUGACGAUGGUGUUCCCUUCUGACGGACAUCCUGACUCCUCUCCCCUGCAGGUCCUCUGCUGCAAUGACACGUGCUCCUUCACAUGGACUGGGACCGAGCACAUAAACCAGGACAUCUUUGAGUGCCGCACGUGUGGCCUGACGGGCUCCCUGUGCUGCUGCACGGAAUGUGCGCGAGUUUGCCAUCGUGGUCAUGACUGCAAGCUGAAGCGUACAUCACCCACAGCUUACUGUGAUUGUUGGGAAAAAUGCAAAUGCCGAGCCCUCAUCCCAGGCUCCCAAGUGGCGCGGUCACAACUCCUUAGCAGGUUGAUCAGCGACACAGACCUUGUGACCAGGCCUAAUGCAAGGGGCGAGCACCUUCUGCUGUUCUUGGUCCAGACUGUAUCUCGACAAGCCGUAGAACAGAGGCAACAUCACCCCCACCGAGCCAAUGACACACGCCCCAAGACCAAGAGCAAGACUAUUGGUACAUGCGCUACCACUAACCCCCUGCCCGACCAUGAUCUCGACCCACCGCGAUUCGCUCGUACAGCAUUGGAGCUGAUCAUGCAGGACUGGCGCGCGGUCAAGGCUAUGAUCAUGGAUGGCUGCUGCGAUGUUACUAGACAUGCGGCAGAGGGUCACCCAGACGCCUCCUCUGCAUACAUGCUCACUGGGGAGGAGCAAGAAGAACAUUUGUCCGAGCAAGAUAGAGCUGUCCGGCUGGAUGCCUUCACUCACUUCCUGAUCGCCAAGUGCACCUCUGAGAUGCUGGACUAUCUGCUCGCCACACUGGUCUCUGCUGUCAAGUCUUCGACAGACCCAAACAAUUCUGAAGAAGCUCGGAUUGCUAAACGAUUUAUACGAUCGGUAGCCCGAGUCUUUGUAGUCAGAGCCUCCGAGAUGCCUCCGUCUACUGUAAAGAGAAGACCGAGCUUCAUGCAGCCGCUGGCCAAGUGCAGACUUGUAUUCCAUACUCUCAACACUCUGGCGGUCCCUGAGCUGGUGAAAACAGCUGACUCAUUGUUAGCCCCAGUCCGCCUGGGCGUGUGUCGUCCCUCCCAGCCCUUCUCCCUCAUAACGUCAAACAUCGAGGCCACUCAGGCGAGCGAGGAGCUCUUCUCUGUGGAACCUUUGCCUCUCAAGUCUCCAUCUUCUGCCACUAGUGAGGACGCAGACCCCCAUGAGCGGCCCUCCACCCAUAGGCACAGGGGCACUAGACACCGCCGCCGCCAGGCACGCCUUGUAGGGCAGGAGCAUGCUGCUGCUAGCAGUGUGUCCCAUCAUGCACCUGGCGGGGGUGCUGUGGUGGAUGCCGAUGAUGUGGAGGAGGAGGCAGCGGACGACGAGCUGGGUAGCGGGGCUGCUGGUAAUGAAUCAGACAUGGACCUCGAUCUUUUGGCUGAGAGUGACAGCGACAGUGAUGAUAGCAAUGUUGGAGAAACCGAACGCCGCAGUCGUGUCCCAGGCUCCCUCAUUGGCUCUGACAGUGCAAGCCAGGGUGACCAUGGGGACUUUUACAGCGAGGAGGAGUCAUCCACUGGGGAAGAUGAGGAAGAGGAAGAAGAAGAUGAUGCAGAAAUGCAUGAUAGGGAUGACAACGAUGGUGGGCAGGAGAACAUGGUGGAGGUACCUAGUCGAGCAGCGGCUGCAACAGCCUCUGAGCCCUCCCGGUCCUCCCCUCAUGUUAUGCAGUGGGCGAUCCGCCCCAACCAGCCCCGCAGUACGGGAACUAGCCUGGCUACUGCCCAGACCUCCAAUGCAUCAGGGUUUAUCUAUAUGGACUCAGGGACACUGCGGCGGACUGGCGCAAGCAAUGGGGCAUCGGCAGCAACUGGGGCCAAUGACCUGACUGGGACGCCAACAACUGAUCGCAUGGGGAACUCCACCAGUGCGCUUGCGAGAGCAUUUGGCAUUGUUGUUCGAGAGAUAACGGACCUCCUACGUAACGCCAACCCUCAGUCCACACUACCACCCACAUUCCUUACCCCAACCCCAGCCACUGUUCGAGAGUGCUGUAGCCUGGUGGACUGGGGGCUGCAGCCUUGCUGGGAGUGGAUGGAGACUGUGUUAGACUGCACCGAGUCUCAGCUGAGGUUUGGACUCUCCCUGUCUGCCGCUACCGACUCCACUCACCCGUCUCACCCCCUACAUGAUCCACACCCAAAGACCGCCUCCAAGGACCGGCGAGUAAGGGAGGACGCAGCCAUCCUCAGGUCCUGGGAGAGUAAGAGGCGAAGACGUCAAGUGACGCCAAGUGUGAGUACCCCGGAUGCUGGUCGCCAGGACUUCCUCCAGUAUGUGCUGUCGCUGCUACGGGGCCAGUGUAACGAACAUGGAGACACGCUGCCUAAACUAGACGUGUCUGCCCUCCGUCAUGUUGCAUAUGUCCUGGACGCGCUGAUCUACUACCUGCGCAACAACCCCCAGGCCAUGUCACAGUGGAACGUCUCCAGUGCCUCUCCACCCACUUCCAUCACAUGUACAAGCAGUGUUGUCCCGGAAGUGGGAGAACCGGACGAGGAAGGGAGUGAGGAUAUCGAGGAUGAGGAUUGCUCGCGGAGAGAUGACGAGUACGACGAUGACACGGAGGCUGUGGAAGACGAGCCCAUGCCGACACCGCCUCCUCCUGGAUCCCUGCACAGGUAUUUCGUGCGUACGGAUUCCACCACUGUGCUUGGAUGUGAGCCGCCUGACCCGUUUAACACACCACUGGAGGAGGCGUUACCCCUGGCGUGCCAGCCACACCUGCUCCAUCCUAAUGCGCGCAGGGAGCAGCUGUUUGGCGCAGGCCAGGAUCGCCACAAAGGCAAGCAAGCGUCACGCACUAUGGCCCUGUCACGGCCUGACGUGACGGUCACGCAAGCAGGUGUGACAGAGAAGAGUGAUGGUGCGGGGGAUACAGAAAUGAGAGAUAAGGAAGCACAAGCCUCUACGUCCGCUAGUGCCCAAGCCUCCACUUCCGCCAGUACUCAGACCACCACGUCGCCUACCCAGUCCCCCUCGUCAGCUAGUGCCCAGCCCUCGUCGUCCAUUCAUGGCGGCACGUCAGCCAACUCGUUACUAGGCCGGUGGCGCCUGUGCGUGGAGCUCUUUGGCCGAGUGUUCCUUGAGGACGUUGGGUCCGAGCCUUCUUCUGUUCUUGGUGAGCUCGGCAGAUUUGACGUGAAUGAGACCAAGUUCAGGCGGGAAAUGGAGAGACUGAGAAACUCAGCCCAACGUGACAUGAAUAUAGAGGUUGAGCGAGGUCGCGCCACCAUCAUCCAGCAGUCGUUCCGUCAGCUCAAUAAUCAGUUCGGCCGCCGUGGCCCAAGGUCACGUCCAAUGACCAUCCACCGGGUAAAAGUCUCCUUCAAGGACGAGCAGGGGGAGGGGAGCGGAGUGGCGCGUAGCUUCUACACGGCGCUCAGCGAAGCUCUGCUAUCAGGAGAAAAACUGCCGCCCCUGGACACGUGUCAUAAAGGUACAGUCCAGCGUCUACGCCGCGCCCUGUCCUCCUACCGACACAAGCGCCGUGACCACCGUGACAGGGAGUCACGCCGCACGCUGUCUGCAGAUGCCAGGCCAUUCUACUGUAGCGGCACACCUAGCACUGAUGGGGAUGACACGGAUGGUGACCCCCUACCCUACCACCGCCAGUCGCUAGGCGAGAGAUUGUACCCCCGCGUACAUGCCCUUAAACCGGCUCUCGCCAGCAGGAUCACGGGGAUGCUGUUAGAGCUGUCACCAGCUCAGCUCCUCCUCCUCCUCGCCAGUGAGGACACCCUGGUUCAGCGCGUGGACGAGGCUGUUGACGUCAUCAACGAAGCCAAGAAUUUAAGCAAAGAGCCUGCGGAGGAAGAGUCCGUGGCUUCUGCCCCGGUCAGUGAGCAAGAGGAGUCCGCUGAGGAGCACACCCCGCUUUUCUAUCAGCCUGGCAAGGCGGGCUACUACUCGCCCAGACCCGGCCAGUACACGGACGACCGGCUCAACUGCUACAGGAACGUUGGAAGGAUUAUCGGCCUUUGUUUACUCCAGAACGAGCUGUGCACGCUGACAUUCAACAGACAUGUUAUCAAGUUUAUCCUCGGACGGCGGGUCGGAUGGCACGACUUAGCGUUCUUCGAUCCCGUCCUAUACGAGAGCUUACGACACUUGCUAGCGCUCGCUGAGUCACCGGACGCGGAGCAGAAAUUCCACACUCUCGACCUGACCUUCAACAUCCACCUGACACCUGAGGAAGGGGGGGCACUUGUCGACCUGAUGAGGGGGGGGAAGGACGUGGCGGUGACGGCAUCCAACGUUCAGGAGUACGUGCGCCUGUACGCAGACUAUCGGAUGGUCACUAGCACCAAGAGGGCCUUACAGAGCAUGCGUGAAGGUGUACUGGAUGUGAUCCCAUCGUCUUCGCUUGAGUGUCUUACGGCCGAGGACUUCCGGUUGCUGCUAAACGGCUGCGGCGAGAUAAGUGUACAACAACUGAUGUCCUAUACCUCUUUCAACGACGAGACUGGCGGAGCUGGCGCAGAAAAGCUGUUAAAGUUCAAAAAGUGGUUCUGGUCCAUCGUUGAGAAGAUGAGCAACACCGAGAGACAAGACUUGGUGUAUUUCUGGACGUCCAGUCCCGCGCUGCCAGCCAGCGAGGAGGGUUUCCAGCCCAAGCCAUCCGUCACCGUCAAACCUGCGCAUGACCACCAGCUGCCGACCGCUAACACGUGUAUCAGCAGGCUCUACAUGCCGCUGUACUCAUCGCGGGCUAUCCUAAAGAGCAAGCUUCUCCUUGCUAUCAAGACCAAGACAUUUGGCUUUGUCUAGACUGCCAGGGAACUCCGCUGACCAGACACCCAAGUAAGGUCAGUGCCAGCUGACCAAAAGAAUGGGCUCAAGCCAAUCCGCUGACCAGAUUGGUGCCCGACGAGGUUCUAAGCCGAUUCGUUGAGAUUUGUUUAUCAAUCUUAAAAGACGCUUGAAGAAGUUCGCGUUAUGUUUACUCGCUAUGGCGACCAGAGACUAGAAACAAAACUAGAAACCUGCCCGUGAAGCUUCAAAAGAUCGGAGUGAAGACUAUCGACAAGUUACCGAAACGAUCUCGGGAACCCGAGCGACCGCCGAUAUGCUUACGAAUGCUUAUUGACACAAAGACAAGCAACGUUUCUGUUCUGUGUGUAAAUUGAAUAAACUCAUUUUGUAUGAUCUCCCUCUUGCGUAAGGUUGUGCUACGCGUUCUUUCCAAGAUUAUUUUUUGCACAACAUUUGUUGCACGGAACACAAAUGGUUGUUUGUUGUUGUUGUUGUUUUUUUUUCUUUUUUCCUGGAAACUCUGAGACAUGAAAUAUGGCUCUCCGCCUUUUUUACUCGACGCUCUUGAGCCGGUAAGGGGUAUGUACAUUUUUCUAGAAAAUAUUCUAAACCUGUGACAAAUGUAUACUCCCUUUUGAUGGUUUUCGUGAUUAUUUUUUAUUGCAAACUUAUGUAUACUAAAGUAUAAUGUUAAAUAGUAUAAUGUCUAAACUAUGCUGAUUUAAGUGCUUGAUUUUUUAUUAUUUUUCCCGCUUAUGGCGGAUCUAGAAUAUUUCAUGGGGUGGUUCGAUUUAUCGAAACCAUGAAAGCUUUCCAAGUCCCAUCAUUUUGCUUAUAAGGCUUUGUUCUUUUAAACCAACGUAACCACCCCUGGAUCCGCCACUGUUUCUAUUAAUUUACUAUUAAAAUUAAUUACUAUUGAAAAUGGAAGGCCACUUGAAUAAACUCUCUGGAAAGGUUUAAGUUUAGAAUACUUUAACAUAUGAGCUAGUCACCUCUACGCAUUCGAUCUGACCUCCUGUCACGCACACCAAGGGCAUACCUCACAGUCCAUAACGACUGCACACCUUUGUAACAGGUCUCGUGAGUAAUGAUUCCCUUAUGCCAUAGCAAGAUGCAUAGUCUGAAGGGGGGAAUGGGGAUAGACUAGAUGGUGAUACCUAGCAUCCAAGCGGAUGAAUUGAGAUACGUAUAACAGGGUCGGAUCUAGGGGCCCCGGCUCCUUUUUCUGUAAUUUGGCUCGAAAAUAACAAGAAAUAUAACGAAAUCCACGGAAGAACAAUGGGUCCCCCCACAGUUUUCUCGAAACCGGUGCUUCGCCCCCUCCCCUCCCUUUGGAUCUCCUGGGUCCCUCCCCCCCGUUUAAUUACAAUAAUAUGAAAUAUAAUAUGUUAUAUUAUAUGCAGUCUGUAAAGGUAAAAAAAACAUCCUAAAGAUAAUAAAUAUUUCUAAAAAUA